UUGUUACUGUAUUUACUAAUCUUCAUUAACGUUAGUUAACAAAAAUACAGUUGUUCAUUGUUUGUUCAUGUUAGUUCACAGUGCAUUAACUAAUGUUAACAAGAAUUUAAUAUUGAAUUAGUAAAUGUUGAAAUUAACAAAGAUUAAAAAGUGCAGUUCAUUAUUAGUUCAUGCUAGCUAAUGUAGUUAACUAAUGUUAACUAAUGAACCUUAUUGUAAAGUGUUACCAUUUAUUCAUUUAAGAACUGUGCUGUUGCUACUGCUAUUUAAAAAAAAAAAAAAAAAAAAAAAACCUUGAUUAUUGAUGGUUUAUGUAAAAUCAGUCAAUGGAUUAACAUAGUCUCUUAAACAAGAGACCAUUGAACUAUACCGCAGUAUACCUUACUCCUCUACAUGUCUUUCUUGAAACAAAUAUAUAGUUCAUUUCUCUUCAUUGGCAAAAUAUCAUAUGUGGAUAUUAAUGUUAUAAAAUGCAAUUUAGAAACCAUGUGUAUAGUUAGUCACGCUAUCUCUUGAACGUGGGGAGAUUGACAGGAAAGGAGUGGCGAGCUUCUCACGCAAGCUGGGUUUGAGGGGGAGGGAGAGGUGCUGGUGGGAGUUACAUUUCUUCCUCCUUCUGCUCUUGAGUUUAUUCAGCUGGUUGUAAAUUAGUCUUUGAGUUGUCUGUCUUUACUUAGGAAUGGUGUCAGAUACUAAAUGUUAAAUCCUUAGAUAUCCCAUUCCCUGUCAAAGAACUGUGAUGUAUUUGGAUGUGUACAGUAGGGGUUUUGCUUUUAAUUUUGUAUUUAAGUGUUUAAAGACCUCAGUGUCUUAACUGUAAUGAAUAAUAUUGGCAUUUGGUUACGGGAUAUAAAAUUCACAGAUUUGUAAAAUACUAGUUGAUUUUUUUAAAAAAAAAUUUAUGUAAUGGGAUGUUGUCUAACACUCUGCCGACCCCCCCCAAAGCACUUUUUUCCUUUCAGGAAAUGUUUUUUGCGAAACUGCCAUCCUGACAGGAACAUUUUCAUGAUCUGCAACCCAAAACACAGACAACUGUAGUCCCCUCUUGUUCCUCCUCUCUUGUUUCUCAGUCACACAUGAGAGAGUCUAAACACGGCCCCUUUUCCUGGAGGAGGAGUUUUGUCCACUCUUUUUCUUUCAGUGCUUGUGUCUGGUCUUAGGCAGACCUAGUUAUGCUGAAGGAGGGCUGGCUGUGGGGGCUGGGUUCAGGGCUGCUGCUGCUCUGGCUGGGUUCCUGGCUGAGGCCUGUGCAGGCUGGUCGGGUGCUGGUCAUGCCUGUUGAAGGCAGCCACUGGCUUAGCAUGAAGGUGUUGGCGACGGAACUGGCCCAGAGAGGCCAUGACAUCCUAGUCCUGGUGCCUGAGACCAACAUCUUGAUCCAGAGUUCAGAGCUGUUCCGCACCGAAACCUUUCCGGUGAACAUGUCCAAGGAGGAUCUGUCCACCAGUUUGAAAGGAUUUCAGCAAGGGGUGUUCGAGCGUACUGCUGCAAUGAUGGACAUCUUUGUCCAGUUGGAGCGGCUGAUGAACUUCACUGGAUCGCAGGUGCAAGGAUGCGAGUCGCUGCUUUACAAUGAGCCUUUGAUGCAGAAGCUGAAGGAGGGGAACUUUGAUUUGGUUCUCACCGAUCCAUUCCUGCCCUGUGGACCUAUUAUUGCUACAGCGCUAGGUCUUCCUGCUGUCUUCUUCCUGCGUGGCAUGCCUUGCGGCGUUGACAUGUUGGCUUUACAGUGUCCUUCUCCUCCAUCUUACAUACCUCGGUUUCAGUCUGGCAGCACUGACAAAAUGACCUUUGUAGAGCGCGUUCAGAAUUUUGUGAUGAGUGGAGUGGAGCUGAUGCUGUGCCGAAUAAUGUACGCCAGUUUUGAUGAACUUGCUGCAAGAUACCUGGGUGCGGAUGUGACGUACCAGGAUAUCCUAGGCCAUGGAGCUAUCUGGUUGUUUAGAUAUGAUUUUACAUUUGAGUACCCCAGACCUCUCAUGCCAAAUAUGUUUUUCAUCGGGGGCAUCAACUGUCGGAAGAGUGCCAUACUUUCUGCAGAGGUUGAGGAAUUUGUCCAGGGUUCUGGAGAGCAUGGUAUUGUGGUGUUCAGUCUGGGUUCUCUGGUCUCUUCCAUGCCAAAAGAAAAAGCUGCCAUCUUCUUCAAGGCCUUCAGUAUGAUUCCACAGAGAGUUCUGUGGCGGUAUACGGGUGAGAUCCCUGAUAAUGUCCCUGAAAACGUCAAGCUGAUGAAGUGGCUUCCCCAGAAUGACUUGCUUGGUCACCCCAAAGCAAGAGCCUUUAUCACUCAUGGUGGGACGCAUGGAAUCUAUGAGGGCAUCUGUCAUGGUGUGCCCAUGGUGAUGAUUCCCCUCUUUGGUGACCAGGGUGACAACGUGCACCGCAUGGCAACUCGAGGGGUGGGAGUGAUCCUCAGCAUCCAUGACAUCACUGCACAAACACUGUUCGAUGCUCUCAACACAGUUAUUAAUGAUAGCAGCUAUAAGCAAAGAAUGGAGAAGCUGUCGGCCAUACACAAUGACCGUCCCAUGCAGCCCCUGGAUCUCGCAGUCUACUGGACAGAGUUUGUUAUGAGACACAAGGGGGCAGACCAUCUGAGACCUGCUGCCCAUGACCUCAACUGGCUUCAGUACCACAGUCUGGAUGUGAUUGGCUUCCUGCUUUUUAUGGUACUGAUAGUAACUGUAGCAACAUUUAAAUGUUGUGCACUGUGCUGGAGACGCUGCUCUAGAAAAACGCAGAAGAGGAAAGAAGACUGAUCGUAUAGAGAUUAAAAAGUGGUAUUGCUAAUAAAAGCAUACCAUUUCUACAUCUACUGUUUUGGUUUCACAAUGCUAAAGUCAUGAGAAUCCUAACUUCCAUCAGCUGACAACUGAGCCAAAGUUUUUUAAAGCCGCAGUUUUGUAAACAGGGAUCAUCAAUAUUUUGAAGCAGUUUGAUCUGAAGAUUUUUUGCUUUUAUUUUGAUAUCACACACCAACCACUACUUACUUAUAAUUAUAGUAACUAGCAUAUUUUUUUUGGAUUCUGGAUAAUGGAAUUCUCUUACCCUAAUUAGGAAGGAUAGAAGCUGUGUUGAAUAUGAUGCAAAUGAAAGGCUGUGAAACAAAAGUAUAUAAGCUUGUCUAAUUUUAACAACCAAUGUUUUUUCCCCUCAGUUUUCAUUUAUCUUCCAUGUUUCAUCAACUUAUGAUCAACACCAAGGCAUUCAACAUUUUUCAUAUGAACUGAAUUGCUUAAACUUUUUUUUUUUUUUUUAGUAAUCUCUUUUCCCUUAGAUUUUCUUUUGUUAAUUUUUCUUCUAAUGCCCAAUUAAAUGACCUAUCAAGUUUGUAUGAAAGUUUUUUUUUUUUUAGUACUUGUACAAUUUGAAAAAUAAACUCAAAUCCUAAAAUAUGAA